CCUACCGCUUUUGUCUUUGUGGCGGCGCUUAUUUUCGCGUCGCCUGCCCUUUUUUUCGUUGGCGGCUGUCUUCGCUCAACAUCAACAAACAUCAACAAACACCAACAAACACCAACAAACCACAACAAACAGACGAAAAGGUGCUGGUUACGAGGAAAAUGUUGGUAGACAAUGCCGCUGUGAAGUCAGCCGAGCUAUUGAGACCGCGUGAUCUCACACAGAGGAUCUACGUGUGGCCAUUUCUCAUUGUGUAUCCGCUGUUCUUCCAGAUCUAUCUGAACAAGUAUGACGAGUACAUCAAGGGCUCUGAGUGGACGUUUGUUUACCUCGGGUCGAUAAUCACGGUGCACUCUGUGUUGAUGGUGGCGCCGAACUGGAACAUUGCGAUUGACGCGCUGUUCAACUACGUCAAGGUUGGUUCGCUGGAUGAGGCUUCACACAUCAUUGUUCAGCCGGCGGCAAACUUCGGUGCUGGAGCGAUAGUUCCAGUGGUGAGGGAGUCCCACCCGGGCGAAGAGCAGCAGGUGUCGUUCGUGUUCCAAAAGAGAAGAUUCUUGCUGGACCCAAAGUCCGGCAGCUUCUCGCCACCGAAGUUCUCAAUAGAUCAAGAGCCGACGGUUGGUGACCUGCAGCAGGCAAAGGGUCUCAAGGGCGAUUUGUCCAAGCUGCAAAGGCUCUAUGGUAAGAACUUGUUCGAUAUUCCGAUUCCAACUUUCUGGGAGCUGUUCAAGGAGCACGCCACUGCGCCAUUCUUUGUGUUUCAAGUGUUCUGCGUGGGAUUGUGGUUACUGGAUGAGUUUUGGUACUACUCCCUGUUCACGUUGUUCAUGUUGGUGACCUUUGAAUGCACCACGGUGUUCCAACGUCGUUCAACGAUGGGAGAGUUCAGAACCAUGGGUGUUAAACCUUUCCCAAUCUGGGUAUACAGGGACAACAAGUGGAAGCAAUUGGACACCACAGAGCUAUUGCCUGGUGAUCUGUGCUCAGUGACACGUACAGGUGAGGAUUCUGCAGUCCCUUGUGAUAUGGUGCUCGUCGAUGGUUCUGCCAUUGUCAAUGAGGCAAUGCUGUCUGGUGAAUCAACCCCACUUUUGAAAGAGUCUAUCAAGCUGAGACCGGCACAUGAUAAGUUAGAACUGGAUGGAUUGGAUAAGAACUCUGUCUUACACGGAGGUACUAAGGCUCUACAAGUCACAGCCCCAGAUGAACCAACUGUUGCAUUGGCCCCAGAUAGUGGUGCCUUGGCAUUGGUUUCCAAAACUGGGUUUGAAACUUCACAAGGUUCCCUCGUUCGUGUUAUGAUCUUUUCCGCAGAGAGAAUCUCUGUGGGUAAUUGGGAGGCUUUCUUCUUCAUUCUGUUCUUGCUGCAAUUCGCAAUCGCCGCAUCCUGGUACGUCUGGGUUGAAGGUACACGUAUGGGUCGUAUCCAAAAUAAGUUAAUCUUGGACUGUGUAUUGAUUAUCACCUCUGUGGUGCCACCAGAAUUACCAAUGGAACUUACAAUGGCUGUUAAUUCAUCCUUGGCCGCUCUCGGCAAAUUUUACAUCUAUUGUACAGAGCCUUUUAGAAUCCCAAUGGCUGGAAGAAUUGACGUUUGUUGUUUUGAUAAGACUGGUACUUUGACAGGUGAAGAUUUGGUAUUUGAAGGUUUGGCUGGAUUUGGAAAUGACAUUCGUCAUUUGUCAAAACCUGCCGAUGCUCCAGAGGUUACCAGCUUGGUUCUUGGAUCUGCACACGCUUUAGUUAAACUCGAUGACGGUGAAGUUGUUGGUGAUCCAAUGGAGAAGGCCACCUUAGAAGCUGUUGGUUGGGAGUUGGGUGAAAAGGAUGUUGUUUAUAGGGCCUUGGGAAAGAAUAAGACCCAAAAGAUCCAUAUCCUUCGUCGUUUCCAAUUCUCUUCGGCUUUGAAGAGAUCUUCAUCUAUAUCUGCUAUCGGUUCAAAGACAUUGGUCUCUGUUAAAGGUGCUCCGGAAACUAUUCGCCAUAGAUUGACAAAGAUCCCAGAACAGUAUGAAGCUAUUUACAAAUCAUUCACACGCUCUGGUUCUCGUGUUCUUGCUUUGGCUUACAAGUACCUAGAAGAUGAAAUUGCCCAUUCAAAGGUUAACAAGUUAGAGCGUGAAGAUGUUGAAGAAGGUUUGGAAUUUGCAGGGUUUAUCGUUUUCCAUUGUCCUUUGAAAGAUGAUGCCAUCGAGACCAUUCAGAUGCUUAACGACUCUAGUCAUCGUUCUGUGAUGAUUACUGGUGAUAACCCAUUGACUGCUGUUUAUGUUGCCAAGGAAGUGAAGAUUGUUGAACGUGAGGUCUUGAUUUUGGAUGCCCCAGAAGAGCACCAUGGUAACCACGAGCUGAUUUGGAGAAACGUUGAGGAAACAAAGAUUAUCCCAUUCAGCUCUUCUGAUGAGAUUGAUGUUAAACUCUUUGAAACCAAUGAUAUUGCCAUUACUGGGUAUGCCUUGGCUAAGUUGUUGGAACAUCCACAGUUGAAGGCUUUGAUCAGACACACAUGGGUUUACGCUCGUGUUUCACCUGCUCAAAAGGAAUUCAUCUUGACUACUUUGAAAUCCAUGAGUUACAAUACAUUGAUGUGUGGUGAUGGUACCAACGAUGUUGGUGCGUUGAAGCAAGCACAUAUCGGUGUUGCGCUUUUGAACGGUACUGAAGAAGGUAUGAAGAAGAUCCAAGAACAGAGAAAGCUUGAAGCCAGCCAAAAGGUUUAUACUAAGCAAUGUGAACUUAUGACAAGAUGGGGUAAGCCAACACCACCUGUUCCUCAAACCAUUGCCCAUCUUUAUCCUCCUGGUCCAUCUAACCCACAUUAUUUGAAGGCUAUUGAGAAGCAAGGUAUCGAAAUUACUCCAGAAAUGCGUAAAUUACAUGAGGAAUCUACUCACAACGCAUUGCCUGUCGUUAACGCUCAGGGCCAAGUUGUUGGUAACGAUGCCUCCAGUGAAUUGAGCAACAUGCUUAUGGGUUCUCUUAACGAAUUAGAAGAACAAAAUGAAGCACCAACUUUGAAACUUGGUGAUGCUUCUGUUGCUGCUCCAUUCACCUCCAAAUUGUCCAAUGUCUCUGCUGUUACAAAUAUCAUUCGUCAAGGACGUUGCGCCUUGGUGUCAACCAUUCAGAUGUAUAAGAUUUUGGCAUUGAAUUGUUUGAUUAGUGCUUAUUCCCUCUCUGUCAUUUACUUGGCUGGUGUCAAGUUCGGUGAUGGUCAAGCAACCGUUUCUGGACUGUUGAUCUCUGUUUGUUUCCUCAGUAUUUCCAAGGGUAGACCAGUUGAAAAGCUGUCCAAACAAAGACCACAACCUGGUAUCUUUAACAUUUACAUCAUGGGAUCGAUUUUGGGUCAAUUUGCCGUUCACAUUGCCACCUUGGUAUACGUCACCUCAGAGAUUUACAAAUUAGAACCAAGAGAGCCAAAGCCAGAUCUUGAGAAGACAUUCGAACCAUCUUUGUUGAACACUGGUAUUUUCUUGAUCCAGCUGGCACAACAGGUGUCCACCUUUGCAGUGAACUAUCAAGGUAAGCCAUUCAAGGAGUCCAUCACUGAGAACAAGGGUAUGUACUAUGGACUGAUCUCUGUUGCUGGUUUGGCAUUGGCAGGUUCCACAGAGUUCAUCCCAGAGUUGAACGACGCUAUGAAAUUUGUUCCAAUGGAUUCAGUCUUCAAGACCAAGUUGACCAUCACUCUUGUCUUAGAUCUGGUGGUUGCAUGGGCCAUCGAACUCGUCUUGAAGUAUUUCUUCAUGGACUACAAACCAGCUGACAUUGCACUACGUGAA